AUGUCUGCAAAGAUCCCAUUUGACCAACCAUCGCAGCACGAGGUCUCGUAUGCAUUCGGAUGGGGAAGAGUUCAGCUUCCAGGCCGCUUCGGACAGAUCGGCCUUAACCCAGCAUUACUCCCCCAAGGUAUGCCUACCAUUGGCAGAGGUACCUCCAGUCUCGUUCUGUUCCAUCAGGGCAGCCUUCCUGGGUUACUCACCUUUGUGGGCCUUUUGCCCGAGACGGAGACAGUGAUUGUUGUGCUUACCAACUCACUCGCUCUUAAUGAUGCAGCGGACUGGAUCGGUCAGCUGAUUAUUGAAGAAAUCGUCAACGUACCUUCGGAGCUCAGAACCGACUUUAUAGGGCUAGCAGAAGCGGCUGUUACCGAGAAUCUCAAAUGGUACCCCCGAGUGUUGGACGAACUGGAGAAGGGUAGGAAAGCGGGAACAUCACCAAGACCACUGACCGAGUAUGUCGGCACCUACUGGGACGACUUGCAUAUGUUUAAGGUUGAAGUCAAACUUAUUGGAGAUAAGUUAUAUUGGCUUAUGCAAGGUCUCGAAACAGAAAGAUUUGAACUGUCUCACUAUCAUGAUGAUACAUUUACCUGGCUCCGACCUCGAGAUGAACUGGCGAGCAGAGGUCGAUGGGUCGGCAAUGACCAAGGCGCAACGUUCUGGAAGGUAGAAUUCGGGGUUAGCGAAUCUGCCAAGGUCAACAAGCUGAUAUGGGUUCCUGACCCCGAGCUUUCACCAAUAAUUUACACAAAGUCAUAA